AGGGAACCGCCACCAUGGUUUGCGACAAUGAUAAAAAAUAGUUGUAACAACGGCACUUUCAAUCGUGACAAUUAUAGAAAAUCUUCCAUUGGCACUUAUCCGUCAGAAGCAAGUUCUUCCGCAGGCGGGACCUAUAGUACGGAUAUAAACACUGAGGUCAAGAACUUUGGAUCGAAUGCAUUGGACACUGGCAACAGUAGCCGAAGAAACCAAGACAACCACAUGGGCGGAAAUGGCUAUCAAAAUCACAACCAUCCGCAACAACCAUACAAUCCACACCACCAUAAAGAGGGUCCCAGCACCAACCUCCAUCGAAGGAAUAGUGGAAGCAGUGGGGGGAGCGCUAAAAGCAAUAACAAGAAGUAUGUCAACAAACACCAACAGAACAACGCAAAAUUUGGCAACACCCAUCAUCCAAUAUCCAAACCAAAGAAGAAGGUUCCAACAAAAAAAAAGAAACCUCUGCGUGUGUUGGGCAUAGCGUUGAUCGUGGAUCAGAAGGGUACCGGUGCUCGAAUGCUAGCUCGUUAUCCAACGUCACCGUCCUCGAUGAAAAAGGUAGACGAUGAAGUCGACGACAACGAAGACGGCGGCGAGGCUAUCAAUGGUAGAACUGGUUUAUACGAUCGCAACGAAGACGAGGAUGCAGAAGACGAUGACGGUGACGACGAGAGCGAUGGAUACGAUCGCAAGCGCGUAUCCAAACACGACGACGAUCUCUUUUUUACCCUAACGGCACGUCAAAUGGCGAAAUUGUUCCGAACGAAACGGUCCCUUUGCAAUCAACCAAUGACGCUCCGUGUGAACAGAACUGUUUUUUGUUGUCACGCAGUUCUUUUGGAGGAUCCUUGUAGCAGAAGCAGUAACAACGACAUCAGCAAUGGUACUGCAAAGGACGAGAUCGGAUCGCCGGACAGCCCCUUAGCGAAACCCAAAACGCGAAACCUGACACAACAGCCUCCGAAGAUCCCACUUGCACCUUCAAUAAGGGUGGAUCGUGAUCGUGACAACAAUUCGAUGUCGUUGUCUAUGAUGGCCUCGGAAGCUGAUGAUCCAGAAAACGAGGAUAACAAGUUGCGACUAUUUAGCGUGGUGGUAGCAAUUUCGGCGUCCAAACAACAGGCCGCCUUGCCCUUUUCUAGCUUUUGGGAAACAGGAAGUGGAGAAGAUCUAGUGGAUCUUGAGCGGUACAUACGACAGGGCGGAAUGCAAAUGAAGACAUCGGACAAUUCUGUGAAGAAAAAGCCACCAAAAAGCAGGGCAGAAAAAACUCAAACCGACUCCAACGAUGACAACGAUAAGCGCUGGAAACUCAGAAAGAGGAGAGAACAGACUGCAGGUCGCGUUUCCUCCACCUUUUUGGCAAUCCGGAGGGUUCAUAUUUCUCUAGCACGAUUUUGCCGGGCAUUGGAGCGGGAGGAAAACCGAUGCGCAUACGUAACCCUUCAAUCUUGUGCCUUGUUCAAAAUAAGGAACGGGCGGCAGAAACAAUGGGAGGCUAUGCAAAUCAACCGCAGUUCAGCCUCGGCUUCUGUUUCCAACUGUGCAACGAUUACCACCAGUAGCUCUGGGAGUAGGGGAGAUCGCAGUCCGUAUCCAGAUCGUCACAAUCCUCGGCAUUCGCGGACAAAUUCGUUCAUGAGUUCUUACAGUUUGCCAAGCGACGCUGCCCUGAAAAAAGCAUUCGACAACAACGAUGUCAGUGGAGAAGUUUUGGAUACAAUCGAAAAGGAUCAAGAGAAGGAGCAAGAAAUACUCGAAUUAAUGCUGGCAUGCAAUCCACAAGACAACCACCAACAACAGCAAGAGAAAUGUUACUAUUUGAAAAAGGGCGAUUCAUCCUUUCAACAGAGGCAGUAUGGAAAUCUUAUACGAGAUCUAGUUGCUGUCUUUCAUUCGUUGUCUCGCAACGAUCAGGAAUAUCCUCCAACACCUAGCUCCUUGUUGUGCGAACGAGAUACAGUGGUUUAUGUCAACAAUCACUUUGCAAUUCCCAUCGAUGCAGCUGGUUUGAAUGGCAAUUCGUAUUCUCCCUCGUUUUCGCCAAGCAUGCCAUCUCCUUCUGUAUAUUCGCAGCACAAAUAUGGCGCAGCUCAAUCUGCGGAAGGAGGACCAGUUGUCCUACCUUACUACACUCUGCUUUUCCCCCACGCUUCUCCAUCCGAAAUGUUGCAGACUUUCCAUUCUUCCGGAUCAGCGCCUCCCCAACAAUUGAAACAUUUGUUACUUUCGGUCUGUCCUCAAAAAUCACUGACGCAAAUCUCGAUCGAUGCGAACCUUCCCAUGCACACCACGAUGGCAAUUGCUUCUUUCUUGGUGGCCCAUGGUGCUUGCAUCACCUCUCCGGUUGUCAACUCUAGAUCGCGAUUGACAUGUCUCGGAAGUAAUAGCAUUCAACGAAUUCGAGAGCUCACGCUGGAUUUUUCCCAGGCUUUUCCAGGCGUCAAUCUGUUUCGUGUUGUGAGUUUCCUCACGACAUCCUCCAGACAUCUAGGAGAUACGAUGGCGGUGCUAGCCGAUACUGACAAUAAUGAAGGUGCCUGGUUACGUGAGGCUCUUCUGGCAUCUCCGAAAUAUCGGUUUUACAAUCACAAUUGUCUGCAUGGGGGUGGCGAUGGGGACAACAGUGGCGCCAACGACGCUGCAGCGGCCGAUAUCAUCAAGGACACCAUCCGGAACGGCACACACCAGGCCUUGUUCAGUGACGAGAAAGAAACCUAUUCACCAUCGAUUCAUACAUCUUUCCCUUCGUCGACGUGGAGGGGCACUAAGCCAUCAGGAUUAGCCCAAGACACGCAUCAUCCCCCGCCACCCAUGUCGGUCCACGAAUGGCUGAAAGAUUUGGAAGAUUUCCUCUAUGCAGUAUCUGUUUGGCUUCUUUCCCGUGAAUUAUUGGUACAGUUACAAGAAUACAUGGUUGCAGUUGACAUUGAAUCACCAUCAAAAUCCUCGCGCUUGGAACCUGUAGAUCUUGAUGAGUCUAACUCCUCGUUGCUUUCCCCACCUCCCAUGGUAGAGGAUUCGUCCAGUGGUACGACAGGCACUCCUAGUCUUAUUCCUUCCGUUGCUUCUACGACUGGCACUGCUACUAAUACUUCCGCUGCCACCAUUGGAAAUAAGAGCAGAAAUGAUUUGGACGAAAAGUUAUUCAAAGAGCUCAUGGCUAUGGAAUACUUGAAUGGAGAUGUUUCUAUGAUAGCUUUGUCGUGGCAAUUAGCUAUUGAUCCAAGGAAAUUGCGCCACUGGGGCUUACGACACAAACGUGUUCGUGUGAUAUCGAGAGUUCCUAGUCGGGAGACGAUUGGGAACCCAAUGUGACUAUGGGAUUAGCCUCAGGAUCACCUUCCAAGGGGUCAUAGGUUCUAAAUG